AUGCCGGACAAUGUGUCAGAAUACUUCGGUGCGCACGUGGCGGCCUUCUUCCAUCUCUACAAUGCCUUCACAAGGUGGCUUGUGGUGCCUGCUCUUGUGAGCAUCAUCUUCCCUUUCGUCCGACCCCACAUUUCCCACGAGAAGGCCCACUGGUUUGACAGCAGCUUUGGAGGGAUGAUGUGUUUGUGGAGCACUUUCUUUCUGGCCAGUCUGAAGCACCAGAUGAAUGCAAAGCUCUUGAAAUGGGGCAUGGGAGACACUGUCAGCAGAGUGAAAAACGUGCGGAAGAACUUCAAGGAUGAACUGCGGGGCAGCUGCUCGGAAAACCUUCGCAACCUGCUACACUGGACCCUUGUGAUCCUCUUUCUCAGUGAGACCGUCUUCUUUUCGCGAUACAUUGCACUGUGGAGGAGGGAUCUUUUCGAUAACCCCGAUGGCAUGACUUUUGGAAUGCAGAACACAGAUGCCGGAAAAUACUUCAAGUACUUGGUCACGGCCAACAUCAAAAUCGUGGAUGCAGUAUGGACGCCUUUGUGCAUCUACUUGACCAAACAUGAGAACCAUAGAACUGAGAUGGAUUUGAAAUCCGCGAUGAUCCUGAAGCUUUUUGCAGUCAAGUCGGUCCUCUUCUACUAUCCCUUCAUUCGCAGCAUUUUCAUCCAACCUCACGUUGAAGGAUGUCCAGGUCCAGGCAAUCAUAUCUCAGGCCUGGCCUUGAUGCCAGAGAAUGACUGGUUCAAGCAAAUGUUAUCGAAUCAACAAAUUUGUUGCAGUCUUGCUACAGGGUGUUUGGAUGCAUUGCGAGCCGACCUUCAGCUUUUCUUCAUUACACAGGCCCAGAGGGUUUCAAGAGACACCGUGAACCGGUGA